GCCUUGUAUAAAUAAAGACCAGCGGCCUCGGCGCCAAGUUCUUCUUCACUCACCAUCCAAAGUCUCACCAUGUUUGUCCUCAAGGCUGUCCUCGCGUCGUCCGUUCUCGCCUCCUCGGCGGUUGCCCACUUCACCCUCGACUACCCUCCCACUCGUGGAUUCGACGACGACAAGGAGCCCCAGUUCUGCGGCGGCUUCAACACUGUCAGCAGUGUCCGUAACCCGUUCCCCUUGAACGGUGCUCCCGUGUGGAUCGACUCGCACCACACUCUGGCCUCUGUUGCCACCUUUGUCUCGAACAAGACCUCCCCGUCCAACUUCUCAGACUUCACCAACGUCACCAACUACUUCCAGGUCAAGAAUGGCGAGUACUGCUGGGGCAUCGACUUUGAGGGCCUUGGCUUCACCAACGGCUCCGAGGUGACCGUGCAGAUCCAGUACAACGGUGGUGAUGGCAACCUCUUCCAGUGCACCGACCUCGUCCUCCUUUCCGACUACACCAUCCCUACCAACCGCACCUGCGCCACUGACGCCUCCGUCACUGCUGUGAACAUCUCCGCCACGGUCCCUGUUCCGUCUGCCGCGCCGGCCUCGACCUCGGCCCCGGGCGCCUCGGGCUCCCACUCCGGUUCGGCCGGCGCUUCGGCUGCUCCUACCAGCAGCUCCAAGCCUUCCGGCGAGCUCAUCGCCAAGCCCAUCAACCUUGCGGCGGCUGCCGUUGGCGUCCUUGCGCUCGGCUGGGUUGCCCUUUAAGUAGCUCUGGUUACAGCGUGCUACCACCCUGCUACCCCUCAAAAAUGACCAUAUGCUACAACCAUAUGCUACAUCAUUUGAUCGCCAUAGACA